UGUACGUAGGUGUGUGUGUCUCACACGCUGUUGACAUUCUGGCCUUACGAACGAUAUGAGAUCGAAGCGAGUUGUUUUAUGCCUAUACUUUCACAUGAAUGUCAUGUCAUUGGGGUUUAAUUAUAUUCCCGGACUAAAGAAAGCGAUCUAAUGUAACGGUGAAGUGAAAGCAGAUCUUAAGAUGCUGCUCUCUUUGGGGAUGCUGAUGCUCUCUGCCACACAGAUUUACACCAUCUUUACUGUUCAGAUAUUUGCCUUCCUAAAUCUUCUGCCUGUGGAGGCCGAUAUAUCAGGAUAUUCAUUCGACAAUAAAACAGAGAACUUUGAUGACCUACCAGCUCGAUUUGGCUACAGGCUGCCCAGUGAAGGACUAAAGGGCUUUCUGGUUGGGGCUCGUCCUGAGAAUGCCUGCGAGCCGAUUGCUCCUCCGCCUCUGAGGGACAAUGUAACCAACACCUUCAUUGUGUUAAUCAAACGCUUCGACUGUAAUUUUGAUGUCAAGGUCCUUCAUGCGCAGAAGGCCGGCUACAAGGCAGCAAUUGUCCACAAUGUGGAUUCUGAUGACUUAAUCAGCAUGGGAUCCAAUGAUAUGGACAUUCUAAAGCAGAUAGACAUUCCAUCAGUUUUCAUUGGUGAAGAAGCAUCCAACUCUCUCAAAGAGGAUUACAUCUACGAGAAAGGUGGUCAUGUAAUUCUCAUGCCAGACUUCAGUUUGCCUCUGGAAUAUUACCUGAUCCCAUUCCUCAUCAUCGUUGGUAUCUGCCUCAUUCUCAUCGUAGUUUUCAUGAUUACAAAGUUUGUUCAGGACAGACACAGAGCCAGAAGAAGUCGCUUACGCAAAGACCAGUUAAAGAAACUUCCAAUUCACAAGUACAAGAAAGGUGAUUCCUAUGACGUGUGUGCGAUUUGUUUGGAUGAGUAUGAAGAAGGUGACAAACUUCGGGUCUUGCCCUGCUCGCAUGCCUAUCACUGCAAGUGUGUCGACCCAUGGCUGACCAAAACCAAGAAGACCUGUCCAGUGUGCAAGCAGAAGGUUGUGUCAUCUGAGGGCGACUCAGACUCCGAGUCCGACUCCGGUGAGAGUGGCGGCGAGGAGAACGAAGUAUCGGAAAACACGCCCCUUCUGCGAUCUCUGGCCUCUACCAGCGCCCAUUCAUUCGGAACCAUGUCUGGCUCGCUGCCCCAGCAUGAACCAGAGUCAUCGGACUAUGACGAGCACAGUGACACCACUGACAGCGAGGAAGAGGUCACCGUGGAAACGGUGGUCAUACAGCUGCAACAGGAACGCCCUGAAAACAUGGAGGCGAAUGCCUGAGACGUUAGCCAAGGUUAACACAGACUCGUGAAGGGUAUUCCUAAGUAUUUGGAGCAACAUUUCACAGUCACUUGUUAUUUAACAUUAGAAACCCAUUUAAGGGAUGGUUCACCCAAAAAUGAAAAUUCAUGUUAUUCCAAACUUGACUUUCUUUUGUGAAACAAUUAUCACUUUUGGGUGAACUAUACCGUAGAUAAAUGUGCACAAUGUGUUGUAUAGAGAGCUUUGCGCAGCUCAAACCAUGCAGCAGUAUUUUAUAAUCUGUGAUUCCCGGCAUUCUGCGCAGCAUCUUCUGCCUCUGAGAAUGUCAUUUGUGCUUCAAUCACAUGCCAAACUCAUCUCGAACGUGUAUCGAAUCUAAAAAAAUAAAUAAAAAAAAAACUGCACAUUGUAUGUGACAAGGACGAUAACAUUUGUUGUACCAAUACGGACACCACUAUUUUAGUUUGAGCAAUAACAACAGAACCUAUAUAGGGGUCACAAAAGUGAUCUUAAAAAUUAUAAUUAACACAUUUCAAAUACUGUAAGUAGGAAAUGGUUUUGUGAGUAGAAGUUGAAGGGUUAUUGAUAACAUGAACCGUUACUGAUGUCUGGUUACAUUUUAAUGUUGCUUUAUUGUAAAUGUAAUGUUCUGCUCACCCUUUUUCAUAGUAGUCUACAUUAAUUUCCCUUCAUGAAUAAAAUACUACACCAUUGCUGGCUUUGUAUUAAUAUCU